UUGCUGUAGACUGAUUAAGAAACGUUAAAUAUUCUCUACGCUAAGUGACGUGCUAAUUGGAGGUACAGUCUAUUAGAACAUGAGAAACUUGCCAAAACAAAUCGGUCAUCAAUGUAAUGAUAUAAACAAAUGGUGAUAAAUGGACGCCAUUUUGAUCGAAGCGUGCGCACGUUAUCACUCGACACGCAAUCUUACUGAUAUGGACUAAAACCGUGUCAGUCUGUUAUAGUGCAUUGUGCGUUGCAAUUUUGUGUAGUAUCUGCAUUGUAUGCCGUUUUAUUUCUGUUACAACUGCAGUCGCAUCAAAGAUAGUGCGCAGGGUUAUAGUUAAAAUAGCUCGACUACACAAUUAUUUUGUUUGAAAUUUCGUCUAUCUUCUUCGUUUUUAAAAAAAAAAUAUCGAACCAUAUUCGACGCGUAUUUGUAAAAAUUUGUUUAGUGGCAUUCCAAAGCCAUUUGACACCAGUCGCCAAUGACACAGAUCACUGGUAUCGCUGUACACAACAUAGACUGUCGUGAAAUGCCCACGCUCACGUAAUUAUCGGAUCGCGCAUUUAGAAUGUGAACGCGUGGCAGUUAUCUCGGUUUCCAGAACGACAUUUUCGAUCCGAUCAUUGGUUUUCGGGACGAGAUUUCACGGCAUUAUAAGCUAAUUCAUCAAUCCUCGUUGCCGAGUAAAUAAUACAUCUGUCAUGGGGCGUCGUUUAUCUGGACCUUCCGCCAGAACUCGUGAUGCACAACCACUGCCAUUGUCAACGCAACAUAAUUCAUCAUUGACAAAUGAUCGAAAUAAUAGUGUGUCUCAACACGAUGAGCUUAUUCAUUUUGUUAGUGGUUCAUGGAAUGUAAUAAUUCAAGAAUAUGAAAAUGGAUUACAGGGAAAUAAUGGUCGAUUUCAUAUCCAGUUUUAUGAAGAAAAAGGUGGGCAUACUGACAAAUUAAAAGGAUUUAAGCCUUUUGAUUUAGAAGCUUGGUGGGGUAAACAAACUUUUCAACGAUACCAACAACGUUCCUAACAAUAUUAUACUUUAUGUUAAUGAAAUGUAUUUUCCAAUUCAAUAUUUUUUUUCCAAUUAUUUAAUAUUCAAAA